GUGAUAUAAAGCCGUUCAAGUGCUACAUGAUAACUGUGUACCCUCUGUAUGCUGAUGGUCAGGGAAGUGGACAGUCUGUGAAGGCUUAUCUUCAGCAAGACCGUCCUUCAAAAGGACCUACCAUUCAGACAAAAAAGGUAGGAAAAGCUGAAGCUGUUUUGACAUGGAACCAUCUCACAGUGGAAGAACAAAAUGGAUUUAUCAGAAGUUACACCAUAUUUUACAAAACUGUUGAUGGAAAUGAAACAGCUGUGACAGUGGAUCCUUCCAAGACAGAGUACACCCUUUCUCCUCUAACCAGUGACACACUGUAUACUGUGCGGAUGAUGGCGUCCACAGAUGAAGGAGGCAGGACUGGUCCUGAUUUCACAUUUACUACACAAAAAUUUGGGAAAGGAGAGAUUGAAGCCAUAGUAGUACCUGAGUGCAUCUUGUAACUUACUCUGUUUUCAAUCCUUUACAGAAUUAAAAAGCAUAUCUGGCCUAUGGUACCUGAUCCAUCCAAGAGUAACAUUGCUCAUUGGUCUCCUCACGUUCCAGCUAAGCAUAACGUUAGCUCCAAAGAUCAGAUGUACCCAGAAGGCAGCUUUACAGAUGUAAGCGUCGUAGAAAUAGAAGCUGAUGACAAGAAGUCUUUUUCAGAACAAGAUCUAAAACCCUUUGACUUGCUUAAAAAGGAAAAAAGUACUUCAGAAGGGCACAGCAGUGGCAUUGGAGGAUCCUCGUGCAUGUCUUCUCCUAGGCAAAGCGUCUCUGACAGCGAUGAAGGUGAAACAACACAAAACACAUCAAGCACUGUACAGUAUUCAACUGUAGUACUUAAUGGCUACAGAGACCAGACACCUGUACAAGUCUUUUCAAGGUCUGAGUCAACUCAGCCACUGCUAGAUUCAGAGGAGAGAUCAGAGGAUCACGCUGAAGGAGAUGACAGUGCAGCACAGAGGCAGCAGUAUUUCAGACAAAAUGGGGGUCAGGAUGAAACCAGCACGUGCUUUGAAAGAACAACGCAAAUUGCUCAUGCUGAUGAGAGGGAUCUUGUUGGAUUUGUACAUCUGCAGAUCUCAGGUCAGAGUUCACAGCCAUUGGGCCUUGGGAUGGAAAAAAAUAUCCAGGAAGCUGCUCUAUCAGAUGUUUUACAGGCAAGUACUGAAGGACAAACUGUGAGACCUGAAGCAGUGGAAGAAAAUCCACUGUCAGUUGAUGAAAUGCCAAAAAGUUACCUCCCGCAGACUGUGAGGCAAGGGGGCUAUAUGCCUCAGUGA